AUGGUGGCAGCCCCCCUGCUGCCCCGAUGGGCCCUCACCCUGGCCGCCGUCGCCCCGCUGGUCUUCCCGUGCGUGCUGUGCGGGACAGGUCCCGCAAUCCAGCGGCCGUGGAUCGGCGCCACAGCCGAAGGAGGAUCGCUAGAUUGCCACAGCAUAUGCGGUCCCGCGGACGAUGCAGAUUCGAGAGAGGUGAAGGCCAUCGAGUUUUUGAAGACGCUGUGGCUGCCCGGGGACACGAACGCCACCAUCCCCGAAGCCAACACUCGCAAGUACCUCUCAAGUUUUUUCAGCGUGUUUUAUGACAACGCCACCCGCGUACGGGACUUGGCCAUCAAGCAUCCGCCCCCUGGGGGAGCACUGGUGACUGCGUCGCAAAUGAGCUGCGCGUUGCGAUGCCUGGCCCAUCUCCGCGGCCUCUUCGUGGACAACUCUGGGAUCGCGGGCGCUUUGGGCGACCUUUUUCUGCCAGAACACCUGGUGGAACUGCAUGCUCGCGAGUGCCCUCUGCGAGGCGCCUUGGCUGACCUCAACCUGCAGAACCCGCUCAAGGGCCUGAAGCUCUCAGGCAAGAACCCACGGGACAUCUAUGGGGACCUCCAUGACCUCAAGGAGUUUAUUUGGGACCGCCUGGAGUUCCUCGACUUCCGCGGCGCGAGCUCGAUUACCGGGAACCUCUCCGCGCUGGUCUCUGCAUUGGAUAUCCGGCGGCUGAGAGGCGUCUUCCUCCAGUACACCUCCGUCACCGGAGACAUCACCCAGCUUCUGCGCGCCAACAAGCUCAUGACGUGGCUGGACCUGCGUGGCACAAGGGCGUACGGCUCCAUCAACUCGGAGUGGCUCGACCUUGGCCAGGACCUGAUCUAUUUGCGCCUCAGCAAUUCACGAGUGACCUUCAACAUGGACGAGCCCGCGAUCGUCAAGGACAAGAGGACUGCCAAGAAGCCCUUUCCCCGCCUGGCGAGGUUGGACCUGAAUGGAUGUCCGCUGAACAUGGACAUCUGGGAUCUCCUGCUGCCCCUGAUGUACAACGACAAGCUCUUCUGGCUCCAAGCUGAAGGCUGCGGUCUGCGGGGCGCCAUCCAG